AAAAAAUAUAAAGCCACGGCGAGCUGCAACUUUCAGCGUGCGACGACGACACUGAGUUGUUGAAGCAUUGCGUGCAGUGCACAGUGCAAGGUUGCGUUGCGUGCAGCCAGAAGCAGCAUCGCUGCGGAGCGUAUCUUCUGAGCGAGUUGCACAACUCACCACAGAGCUGCUCCGCGUGGCAUCCGCACGACAGCAAGAUUCACGCGAUCGGAGCGCAAUCGCGCACCAAGGCCUAGACAGCGACAGCAACAAGCAUGUCCGGCCACAUCCUCAUCCUCUUCGUGAGCGUGCUCGUCGCGGUGUCCGCGGUGCUCAGCGCGUUAGGAUUCAAGGGAAGGGUGGAAGUCAUCGGCGUCGACCUAGGAACCACGUACAGUGUGGCAGCAGUCUCGGAGAAGGGCCGGGUCCGAGUCUUCGAGGAUCCGGUGCGGGGCAAAUUGACAGCGUCGACCGUCGCCUUCCUCCAAGAUGGGGGCGUCCUCGUGGGCAAUGCCGCGAAGCGCCACGCGUUGAAGGACCCCAAGAACGUGAUUUACGACGCGAAGCGCUUCAUUGGCCGCAAGUACGACGACCCGACGGUCGCGGAACAGGCGAAAAAGUACGCCUUUGCCGUCGUCGAGAACACGACGACGCACGACGCCGCCUUUCGGGUGCAUGGUCGCACAAUCGCACCAGCCGAAGUCGGCGCGGAGGUCGUGAAAGCGCUGCUGAAAACAGUGAACGAGGACCUCGGACACGAGAACGUCAAGCGAGCGGUCAUAGCCGUCCCGGCGUCCUUUGGGGCCGCCCAGACCGCGGCGACGGGCGAGGCUUUUAAAGCCGCCGGUUUGCGAGUGGCAAGAGUGAUGCCGGAGCCGGUGGCCGCCGCUGUUGCUUAUGGAUUACACAAGAAGGAAAACGUCCAUCAUAUACUGGUCUUUGACUUUGGCGGGGGUACCCUCGAUGUGUCGAUACUGUACGUCCAGAAAGGUAGCAUAGAGGUCGUCGCGAACGGCGGCGAUAAUGAUUUAGGGGGUACCGACUUCGACGGCUGCAUAGCGGACGACCUAACGAAGCAAGUCAAUGCGGUAGCAUCCUCAACGGACUGCGACGAUUUCGUGACGACGGAACCGUGCGAACCCCAUGUGCUCCAGCAGCUCGCCGAGGAGAUGAAGGUGCAGGUAUCCUCGGUCGAUACUGUACAAAGAAAGUGCGCCGCGCGCACGAAAAAGGGCUGCGAGGAGUUAGAACUCACUCUAACGAAGCAGCGCUUCGAGAAGACGUGUGCCCACCUCUUCCAGCGGGCCCUCAAAACCGUCGACGACACGCUGACCAACGGCAUGCUCACAAAAAAGGAUGUGGACGAAGUGGUGCUGGUCGGCGGCACGAGUCGGGUCCCGCACAUGAGGGAAUUAUUACGGAAGUCUAUUGGAGUGUCCAAACUCAAUCUAGAAAUAGACCCGGACGUGACGGUCGCCGUCGGCGCGGCGAGCAUCCUGGACUGAGUAAGUAGCUAUGACUGGUA